AUGUCCCGCGCCACGACCUUCAACAACCCCGUGCUCUGGGAGGACUACCCCGACCUGGACGUCUUCCGUGUGGGAUCGGUCUUCUACUACUCCUCCUCCACCUUUGCCUACUCCCCCGGCGCCCCGGUCCUCAAGUCGUACGACCUCGUGAACUGGACCCCCGUCACGCACUCCGUCCCCACCCUCAACUUCGGCAACCAAUACAACCUCACCAGCGGCACCCCCGGCGCCUACGUCAAGGGCAUCUGGGCGUCCACCCUCCGCUACCGCAAAUCCAACGACAAAUUCUACUGGUACGGCUGCAUCGGCUUCGGCAAGACCUACAUCUGGACCAGCUCAGGCACCAACGCAGGCGCCAACGACGGCGAGGUCGACGCCUCCAAAUGGAACUGGGAGUCCCACCCGCCCAUCAACACCUGCUACUACGACAGCGGGCUGCUGAUCGACGACGACGACACCAUGUACGUGGCAUACGGCAACCCCAACAUCGAAGUCGCCCAGCUGUCGUCCGACGGGCUCAGCCAGGUGCGCACGCAGCGCGCCUACACCCCGCCCAGCGGCACCACGAUCGAGGGCGCCCGCAUGUACAAGGCCAAGGGCGCCUACUACAUCCUCGUCACCCGCCCCGCCGACGCCGAGUACGUGCUGAAGUCGACGUCGGGGCCCUUUGGGCCCUACACCCAACGCACGCUGGUGUCGCGGAUUAAGGGUCCGUUGUCGAAUGCGGGGUUCUCGCAUCAGGGCGGCAUGGUGGAGGCGCCGGAUGGGACGUGGUAUUAUGUGGCGUUUAUGGAUGCGUAUCCUGGCGGGCGGAUCCCCGUGGUGGCGCCGUUGAAGUGGACGAGUGAUGGCUGGCCGGAGCUGGUGACCGAUUCGCAGGGCAACUGGGGGACGAGCUACCCUAUUCCGGUGCAGACCAGCAAGACGGUGCCAGGAAGUGCUGGGUUGGAUGAGUUCAAAGGUGGGAAGUUGAGCCAUCACUGGGAGUGGAACCAUAACCCAGAUACGGGCAAGUUUUCGCUUGGGGACAGCGGGCUGGUGCUGAAGACGGCGACCGUGACGGAUGAUUUGUUUGGCGCGAGGAACACGCUGACGCGGCGGAUUGCUGGGCCCAAGUCGAGCGGCACGUUUAGGUUGGAUGUCAGCAAGAUGCAGGACGGGGACAGGGCCGGCGCAGUGCUGUUCCGGGACCGGGCUGGGUACAUUGCUUGGACGGGGAGCAAGACUUUUGUCAAGCUUGGGUCUGGCUUCAAGAUGAGCAACGCGUGGAACUAUUUCACGGGGUACAGGUUCGGUGUCUUCAACUUUGCUACCAAGGCCGUUGGAGGCGAGGUUACUGUUAAGAGCUUUCAGAUGCAAGCCAUCUAG